CGCCUACAAUGACCCGGCUUCAUCUAUGCAUAGCUUCUGUACGGUGUUGCUAUUUUGAGGUGAGGAGGCGCCUAAUGUAGGCAACGCCCCCAAAUGCCAAAAACACUGAAGCUAUCCGGGCCCCGUACUUGAAGCCCCACUGGGAAUCGUAAACCCGCCAAGACACCAAGCCGCCUUCCCUUCACCUGAUCAAACCUCACAGUCUCUCUUCAACCCUCCAGAUCUUCCACUUCCGUUUCCCUUUCUUCUCGACGACGCGAUGGUUCGUUUGGCUGUUCUCGUUCCCGCUCUUUUGAGCGUCGCCGGCUUCGCCUCGGCUGCCAUCACUUGCUCUGAGGACUCCCCUUGUCCAGAGUCCGCGCCUUGCUGUUCCCAGUACGGUCAGUGCGGUAUCGGUGCUUACUGUCUCGGUGGAUGUGACCCUCGUUUCUCCUACGAGCCUGGAGCAUGUCUCCCCGCCCCCGUCUGCAAGUCGGAAACCUACACUUUCACUUCUACCGACAACAUCGCCUCUUCUGGUGACUACCUCGGUGACCCGGACACUUACGAUUGGACCGUCUCCGGUACCCCCUUGAUCUACGAUGACUCCAUCUUGCUUACCAUGCCCGCGAACUCUGGUGGUACCGUUUUGGCCGCCACCCGUUACGUUUGGUACGGAAAGGUAUCUGCGACCUUGAAGACCUCCCAUGAGCAGGGUGUUGUUACCGCUUUCAUCGCCCUUUCCGACGUCAAGGAUGAAAUCGAUUUCGAAUGGGUCGGUGCCAACUUGACCACCACUCAGACCAAUUACUUCUGGCAAGCUACCCUCGACUACCAGAACGGUGGAAACGUCACCAACACUGACACUUACGCCAAUUGGCACACGUACGAGAUUGACUGGCAGGAGGACUACAUCACCUGGGCUGUUGAUGGUGUGAUCGGUCGUACCAAGUUCAAGAACGAGACCUGGAACGCUACUGGUGGUUUCUACGCUUUCCCCCAGACCCCCUCCCGUAUUCAGCUUUCCAUCUGGCCCGGUGGUGCUGCUUCCAACGCUGAGGGUACCAUUGCAUGGGCUGGUGGUGCCAUCAACUGGGACUCUCAGGAUAUCCAGGACUACGGAUACUACUACGCUAUGGUCAGGAACGUCUCUAUUGAGUGCUACGACCCUCCGUCAAACGUUACCAGGGACGGUGAUGCCUCCUACUGGUUCAACCCGAACGGUAACUACUUGGUUGACGAUGUCAUCAUCUCCGGCAACGCUACUACCAUCCAGAACAUCCUCGACACCGGUUUGAACUCUACCGCUACCGCCUCUGCCUCUUCCACCGCCUCCGCUGCUACCGACCCCAAUACCGGUGACACCGUCUACGCUGGUGCCGACUCUAACCGUGGUUCCAGCAACUCCGACUCUUCUUCUACCUCCACCGCUGCUGUAUCCACCGCUACUGCUACCGUUGGUACCUCCUUCUCUCAGGGUACCUCUUCUAAGUCCACCUCUGGCGCUGCCCAGCUCUUCGUCUCCGGAGCCGUCUUGCUCGGUGCAGCUGCCAUGGGCCUCGUUCUUGCUUAGACGGUGCAGAGUAUAGAGUAUUACAAAGGGUUUGCAUACCGAAGAUGAUAAAAGAGGAUAGCACAUCUGGGUAUUGACUUUCGCGGUGUUUUUUUUCUUUCUUUUCUUCUU